AGGACAAUGUUGUCCUGUCAAAUGACAGGACAAUGUUAAUAUCCAGUGGUUUUUUUCAACUAUGCGUCGUUCCAUGAAGAAAAGCUAAGUCGCUUAUUCUUGUUUUUUGUUUUGUGUUUUAGCGCCAUCGCGUUCCGUCAUCCGCCAUUUUAUCCGUUUGUUGGAUUGAAGGCGGCUCGUGUUUGGUUUGGUUGUUGGAAAUUGUUUUUGUGCAGCGUUUAUUAUAGAUCAAGUUAACACAAUGGGCAAGAAGAAAGUAGAAGAAAGCGAAAGCGAGGAAGAAUACUCUGUAGAGAAGAUCAUAGAUCGUAGAGUGGUCGGCGGGAAAGUCGAGUAUUUCCUUAAAUGGAAAGGUUAUUCUGAAGACGAUAAUACUUGGGAACCAGAAGACAAUCUGGAUUGCCCCGAAUUGAUCGCAGAAUUCGAGAAAAACCGAAAACUCAAAGCCAAAGCCAGCGGGAAAGACAAGAAGAGAACAAGGGAAAAUUCUACUUCUUCUCUGGACUCCAACACAUCUUCCUCCAAAACAGAAAAGAGCAAAGAUAAGAAGAAGUCCAAAGCCAGAUCUGCCUCCCCCGAAUCUGAUGAUGAGCCCAAAACGAAAAAAUCGCGAGUGGAUGAUUCUGAUGACGAUUCUAAAAAAGAAAAGAAAAAAGACUCUGACUCUGAGGAAGAGAAAAAGAAAAAAAAACGGAAAUCAGCCGGCCCCAAAUCCAGGAAAGUUGACAACGAUCAUUCAGACGAUGACAAACCCAGAAAAAAGAAGGAAGGCGAUGAAAAGAAGAGCAAGAAAGACGACGAGAAAUCAAAGAAGAAGGGAGAGGACUCUGAUGAUGAUGAAGCUCCCAAAAAGGGUAAAAAAUCCGAGGCAGUAGUUGAUAUCAAAAAAGAUAAAAAGGGUGGUAAGAUCAAGGACAAAGAAAAGUCUGCCUUCGAGAAAGGCCUUGAUGCCGAGAAGAUCAUCGGAGCUUCAGACACAACCGGCCAGCUGAUGUUCCUGAUGAAAUGGAAGGGCAGCGAUGAUACAGAUCUGGUGUAUGCCAAAGAGGCAAACGUCAAGUGUCCGCAAGUAGUUAUCAAAUUCUAUGAAGAGAGAAUUGCAUGGCACACCCCCGACGAGUCUUCCUAAGUUUAUUUUUUUGUAGUUGAUAAUUUCUCGAUGAAUUUCAACAGUUGUCGAGAUUCAAAAAGUGGACUUUUUUGUUCGGAAGUCGCGGUAAAUUGUUUGAAUUUGAUUCGGUAUUUCUUCAUGUUGUAGCGACUCUAGGCCUAUGGAUAAUUUUGCAGUACAUUAACAUUUUUUAUUGAAUCGUUUCCUAAAUCUAUCAAAUACUCUGUUGGUAUAAACAGGGGAAAACAAAUUCCCCGAGACAACUGAUUUGAUUUUUGAAACUGAAUCAUCUGCGGACUUCGGAAAUAAAAAUUGGUAGGUGUAGUGCCGCUACUAGAUUUAAGGACAUUAUUUUAUCUGAGAAGGAUUUUUUGUUUAGUAAAGGUAGGAAAUCUACCAGCAGGAAAGAAGAAUAUGCAAUGUACUAUAUCAUCAAAUUAAUAAAGGUUACAUUUUCAUUUUUAUA